UUCCGCAGAAGAUACCAACACCAACUAUUGGUAUCCGCCAGCAGAACUCACGCGCUACGCCGAGAGUACGAACUCCUUUUUUGGCACAGUCCGCCCCCGCGGACUCCAAUCGCACGUACACACUAGCAGACACUAUCGCACGUAUAUAUAUAUAUAUAGAAAGCUAAAAGUCGAUUUUCACUAACAAAAAGUGUUCUAUGUGGGCAAAACUUUAAAUGGCCCGGGCCAUAAAAGGAGAUUGCAAUAGUUGCAACUUGCAGAGCGAGAUGUCCUGCAAGGAGCUGCUGCGGCCUAGGUCCUGAGCUAAUCGAGGCGAGAAAAGUUUUUACCAGUCAGUGCCCGUAUCCCCAGAAAAAACCAUCCCCCUGAUGCUGCUGCUGUGAUGAGAUUGGUGAUAAUGAGUGCAACCAAAGGCCCCAAUGUAUCCAUUUAAGAACGCAAAAAUAAAACAACAAUAAGUAUUAACGUCCAGCCACAUAAGCAUUUACUGCCACCCACAACGACGGAAACGGGUGAAGCAUCCUCGGCGAACGGGAGGAUCCGGAGCAAGCAGAGCUGGAGCAUUCAGACGUGGACCAGAACACAAAGUAGGCAGCCCACAUGGCGGGUUGUCGGGGACGCGGGCUGUGCUCCACGCUGUUGGCCGUGCUUAUGUUACUCUCGGUCACCCAUUCGGUGCGCAUCACCAACCUGCGGGUGCCACGCACCUAUACGCUGUUCCGUGACCAUGCACCCGAUCCUCUGGUGCUCGACUGCGAGGUCGAGAUCGGGCCGCGGGAGCAGGGAUUCGUCCUCAAGUGGCUGUUUAACAACAACUCCAUCUACCAGUGGAUACCUUCGGUCAAGGGGUUCGCCAUGGGCUUCAUGAAGUCGAAGAUAGACACCAAAAUAUUUAGUAUGGAAGGCAGUCCCGGUGUUAUAUCGAUAAAGAAUCCACACUGGAACAUGACGGGGGAGUAUACGUGUGCGGUGCAGACCUUUGAGUCGACGGAUAAGCGGAGUGCCCGCUUGCAAAUAAUCGUUCCUGAGUCGGAUUUCAUGCUGGAAGCGCGGAUGAGCGGCUCGCGUAUGGACGUGGACGUAAUGUGCGCGGUCCAGCACGUCUUUCCGCAACCCAUGCUGUCGGUCAUGUUUGACACCCACGUUCUGGACUCGGUGCUGACGCAGUUGGACCAGGACCCCGAUGGCCUCUACAGCAUGACCGUACGCACCCGCAUUCCUAGAAAUCAUCUCCAAUCCCCCACCCCGAUCACCUGUGCGUUUAUCCUGGUUGGCACCAACUACACCAAGCGCCGGGAGACUAUUUUCUAUGAUAAAGCCUCAACUAUACAACGUAAGUGGACAACGGUCGCUGUAGUAAUGUCCAUCGCAUCCUUAGCUCUAAGCAGUUAGUUCGGUAGUGUCCUUCGAUGUAGGCUAUAUUCGUUUUUAUGUUUGAACUAGAGACUUUGAUACUCCUUAAUUUUUAAUAGACUUUUAACGGAUAAACGUAAUUUUUUGCGGAAUUUUUAAAAAGAAGCGCUUAUUUUGUACAUGCAUAUUAACGUAAGGAUAACAAAACACAAAACAUAAACAAAAACAAAAACAAACACCAGAGUGCGUAAGCAAACGAACCCAUUAAAACAAGAAUGCAAACUGAUACACAUAAACAAGAAGUUCUUGUAUUCAUAUAUUUACCACAUAAAUAAAAAAUAUAUAUAUUAUAGUUAUAUACGAUGUAUAGGUCUAACUAACAAACUAAGUACAGAAACGCUAAUAAAAUACGAGAAGAAACAUUAAAAGUGCAUUAAA